AUGGCCGUCCAGUUCUGUACCGGCUGCGGAGAUCUUCUCCCCAUCUCUCACCAACGCGAGGUCAAGUGCGAAUGCUGCGGCAACCUAAACGACAACAAGCUGCAGACAUACUCUUCUGAAUCCUCCUCCAACAACUUCCCAUCUGAGCUGCGCGACAGGCGUGGUGUGGUUCAGGCUUCUAAGCCCAUGGCGUCGACCGAUACAUGGUCCUACACGGACAUGCAGUGCCCCAAGUGUCACGCCGCCCAGGUCCAGUACACAAAUCUCCAGCUCAGAGGUGCUGACGAAGGCUCAACACUCUUUUACUUCUGCCCCGGCUGUGGGGAGAGGUGA